CCAUCGCGCUCAGCCAGACUUGUCCAUACAACGGAGUCGACGCCGCUCCCCACCAGCGCGGCGCCAUCGACAGCCAGUGCCAUGGACGUCUUCUGCUCGCGCCUCCCCCACCACAUCCUUCACGCUCAGCUCCAGCGACUCUUUGCAGGACCGCUCAAUGAUUGUGGCGUCUACGACUUCCACAUAGAGAAGUUGCCCAACAAGGGCCUUGCCAUCAUCACCAUCCUCGACGUGAAUGCCGGCCAGGUUUUCUUGAGCCGCUAUGGCGUUCCGAAUGCCUCCCCCCACAACCAAAUGGCCCUCAUGCGCAUCAGCUACGCUGGCAAAUUUGUUCGACUGGAGAGAAGCAAUCGCGAGCCGACCGAUCUGGCAAUCCAAUCUCUGCGCUAUAUGGCAAAUGAACGCACCAGAGCCCGUCUG